AGACGGUUCUCCACUCGCGCAAUAUCGCCGCCACGCGUUCCGCCAUCCUCUGUAUUUGCUUCAUUGGAUGCCUCAGAAAAGGUGGAAGAGGAGUGCUUCUCGUGGUACAGUCCCAGCACCUACUAUCCCGUACGCAUCGGGGAAAUCUUCCGGUCUCGCUACCAAGCCUUGUCAAAGCUCGGUUAUGGCACCUCCGCCACCGUUUGGCUUGGUCGUGACCUUGUGGAGCACCGAUAUGUGGCGCUCAAGGUAUGCAUACGCGACUAUCCCAGCAUCCCCAGGGAGAAGGCAGCGUUCCAGCGACUGCGCUCUGUUAGAGAAUCUCCGGUUAUCCAGAAGUGCUGGGAUAACUUCAAGAUCGACGGUGUUGAACUGGGCGCUGACUUAGCUGCCAGGUUCUACAAUCACCCUGCUCCAGCCUUCGCGAAGAUAUCCAAACAUUUCGACACUUUGGAAGCGGCCAAAGUCAAGAUUCCCACGCUUAUUGAAGGUCUAAUCUGCCUUUAUGCACUCCCCAGCCGCUAUGAGAACAUUGCGCAGAUGCUGGUCCAAGCUACCUCUGCUGACAACAUGGGCAUAGGUGCGGUACGGGAAGCAGUUACCACUGCUUGGGACCAGUCUCAAGGCAAGAAGCCUGAGAAACUCGGUGCGCACAAGAUCUCGGCGGUGAAGCGUAAGCCGGGCGAUCCCUCUUUUUCUUCGCAGCAGCAGCAGCGCCCUCAGGGCAGCAGCGGCAAUGCGCGAGAUGGGAAGAGGCGCCCUUAUCGCGGCAAGCUUCAACAUCGGGCACCCGAGGUCAUACUCGAUAUCCCCUUUUCUUGUCCUGUGGACAUAUGGAACGUCGGCGUCUUGUUAUGGCACAUGUUUGAGAGGAAGUCCCUGUACGACCCGUACCUGCCUGACGGCAGGGAGGCGCUGGUUGUGCACUUGGCGCAGAUGGUGGCCAGAAUGGGGCCGCCGCCGCCGGAGCUGUUGUCGCGCUCGUGCCGGCCGACAUUCAUCGAGCUGAACUAUUUCGAGCCGAGCGGACAGUGGAAGGGGCCCGUGCCCGUUCCGUCCGGGAUGUCGCUCGAGUCGCUUGAGACCCGCCUGGAGGGCGAGGAGCAGGCUGAGUUCUUGCGGUUCAUUCGGCGGUGCCUGCAGUGGGACCCGGGAAAGCGGGCCACCGCAGCGGAGCUCUGUCGAGAUCCUUGGGUGAACCCUGUCCUGAAGGCUUCUUGA